UACCGGUUGAGGUCAUACGAAUGAAUCGGUGUUUAAAUCAAUCGAUCGAUACAGCUCGCCAUGCAUGCAGGGAGUUGGAGGAAUGCAGCUGCACAUGGGCAAAACAAAUUUGGUAACAAAACACGAGGUAGCCACGAGUAACUACCCGAACACAGAGAGGCGAGUGCAGUCGUCGAAGCGUUCCGGUAACGCGAGUGGGCUGAGCCAGCGAAGACCAUGGAAUUCGAGUGUCAGAGUAGAGCAAUCUAGUGUGUACGGCCGGAAGGAUGAUCGAAGACAGAAAAUGCCAGUGUAUGCUGCAAAUGUGGUACAUUCCAAAUCCAAAGGCUAUAGAGCGUGGACAAACAACACAUCUGUAAACCGAGACAGGGUCGCCAACUCUAUACACAAUGGCAGCCAGGAUUCCAAGGUCAGCGAGCUGUUGGAUGUGACUAGCACCAUGGCACUGACAUUUGAAAGUGAAUCUGACAAAUCCCCUUCAAUCAGCUUCAGUCGGGCAUCUAUUAGACAGCGGGGAGCCAAGGCAGUUGUAGAAAGUAAACCCACUAACCACGCGCUAAUGGAGCACCGAAAAUACAGGUGCGACUUGCAACCAAGUACAGAAGAACUCAAGUGUCUUGUCACCAAAGUGUACAUUUGGUAUUUAAAGGCAAAAGGCGAAAUUAACAGGCUGAAGGAUGCCACUCGAGAGUCCAUGUAUUCAUCGAUAUGUAACAAGUUAGAUCAGCUGCAAAACUUACUUUGGACAAGUUUACCGGAAGGAUCUGUCUCAGCAGGUGACUUGGAUUAUGCGUUACGGAUGUCUACUGAGCGCCCCGCAAAACAAGAAACAGUGCAUUGUCUGGAGGGACAAGGGAUAAGUACUCAGUUAACAAGCAACAGUUCAUGUGUACAUGGAGAAACCCAGCGGGAAAUGGUGAUAAGACCAGCUCAAAGUCCGGACUCGCUCACAACCACAUCAAAGGCCCUGGAGUCCAUUCGGGAACCUGCAUUAAGUUUACCACUUAGUUCGUGUUGUGUGGACGCCGAACACGAUAUACAAGAUGUGGGAAAAGGAGAUUUGGGCUACCAAAGAGGAGAAAAUUUUAAAGAUAGGAAUAGGACAAGCGCUGGACCAGCCCUCCAAGUCAACAGCUCUGCAGCGAUGAAUUACAGAAGACGCACGCUUCAACCACGCUCAAAUCCAUGUGUGAAUACAAACAAUGAAGUGAUAAACGGUGCACAUAAAUCAAACUAUAACAAUCACUAUCUCUUGACACAAACUGCUUCGAAAUUUGAACGAAGGUUUAAUUUGAACGACCUAACCUGCUGCAUGGAAUGUUUUCACCCGAUGAGUCCGCCUCAGGACCGGAGUGUGGACGAGCGCAGUACGGCAAAACCGGAACACGCGGCCAAAUUGGACCUGAGGCGAGUGUCCCCAGGACGCAGCAAUGGACUACUACUCAAAUCCAACAGGGGGCAAAUUUUGCGGCAGCCCGGCCCAAUUAAGCACAUUGUAAGUAGCCUCAUUUCGGGAACAGUUUACACCAAAGGCUAUACCCUUAUUUGUUGGUUAACAGAAUUUGAAGGAUGCGUACUGCCUUGGUGUUGUUCGAGUUUAGUGCGUGGCUUGGCGCCGCACCUAAUUUUGCCUAGGAUAAUGGAAUCAAUAAGAGUGCGACGUCCAUUUGAACACCCCACUCACGUCGAAUAUCAACGAGGUUCCAAAUGGUCGCAAGAGGAUGAGCAGAAUUUAAUUGUCAAGGCAUUCCUGAUGAAAGGAGCUGAAACACAAUCUUCACAGGAAUCCACACGAACUGAGAACAAUCAGGAAAAUACGACGGUCGAUGAACUUCCCUCAUCCCCUUUACCGGAUCCGCCAAAGGACUUGUUUAGGGUUCUUGGUUACCCCGAUUCGGUGGUGCCAAACACACUGGAAUUCAUCGGCGCAAGCGUGUGUACCAACAGCUCGAACGCAGUGUACAGGCGAAAGCAACGCGCCCCAUAUUUGCUUUGGAGAUGUGCAAAUGCACACAAAAACGUAUGUGCUUUCCAGUCAGAAGUUAAAAAUGAUGUCGUCAACCGUUCAUCUUGAGGAGAAGAAUAACGCUUUGAGUUGCAGUGUUCUAUAGCCUCUACCCAUAACACGGACAAUGUCUUUGGGUGACCGUAAAAUAAGGCAUACAGGUGAACUAUGGGACGCGCUGAUCAUGACGGUAUAUUAGAUAAACAUAUCAGAUAAAGUAGAUUAGUUUGGUUGGG